AUCCAUGAAAUAGAUAUAGAGUUAAAUAUACCAGUGUCAUUUCUUGAAGAAGAUGUAACAAGUGCCUGGAAAAUAUCUCGUGAUGAACCAAUAGUAGUUAGAUUACACCUGUCAUCACAUGAUUAUUUAGAUUAUGCAGUGCCACCAAAGAUUGAAGUAUAUCAACUAUCAAAAAAAGAUAAAUUUAGUAUCGGUAUACAGAUGGCUAAAAUUCUGGAGGUGUUUAUAUUAGAACAAUGGAAGAAGAUCAGUAAUAAAACAUUAGAUAAUGCUAUAUCAAGAUCAGUCAGUGUACCAACAGAAUUGUGUAAUAUACUUAAAGAUGAUUCAGCAUUACCAGAUACAUCUUCUUUUAAAACUACUGCAGGGCCUUCACAGAAACCUCCUCCUCCAUCCCGUCAAAAUUCACAACCAAAUUGUUUUAAAAUGUAUAAUAAAAAAUUAGCAAAAAGGCAAAAAUCUAUGGUUACAUCAGCUACAACACCUAAUUUAGCAUCAAAUGCUCCUUUGGAAGAUCUAACUUUGCUGCCAUCAUCAACAAUCAAGGGCCUUAACUCUAAAAAUAUACCUAGCUUGGAGAAUGGAUUUCUUGUGCAGGUAUUUCGUUAUGCAAGACAAAGAAUUCCAACAUUGAAUGAGUACUGUAUUAUCUGUGAUGAACCCCAUGUUUUUCAAAAUGGUGCCAUGUUAAAGCCUGCGGUAUGUUCAAGAGAAUUAUGUGUAUUUUCCUACCAAACUUUACAUGUAAUGGGUGAUGCUGCAGCUGAUAUAGCAACAGGAGCUGAAGUUGUUGAUUUAUUAGUUACCAUGUCAAAGGCUGCCUGUAAAAGUAACCGUAGAACCAUAAUAUUUGAUCCUUAUCCUACAAUAGUUCAUCCAAUGAAAACUACAGAACUUGCUCUUAGUCCUAAGAAUAAAGAUUACAGUAAAAUUGAGGAGAUAAUGAAUAUGAUACCAGAUAUGAAUUCUAUGAGUAUGUUUACUAGCCUGGAAUUAAAAACCAAUUUAGAUGUCCGAAAUAUUUUAGCUUAUCCUUUAUUACAAUGGAUAAUAUCUAGUAAUAGAUCACAUAUUGUAAAACUUUCACCUAAUAAGAUUAUUUCCUCUAUGGCAACACCACAUCAGUUUUUAUUGAGAAGUAGUCCCCCUGCCAAAGAAGCCAAAUUUUGUGAUUUAAGAAAACAAUAUGGUAGUACAUUUGCUUUCCACGGUUCAGGUUUAGAGAAUUGGCACUCUAUUAUUAGAGAAGGGUUGGUUGUAGCUUCUGGUACUAGUAAACAGGUUAAUGGUUCAGCAUAUGGUAAGGGUAUUUACCUUAGUCCUUCCUCAUCUAUAUCAUUUGGUUAUUCUAGAAUGGGUUAUGGAGUUCAUCGAACUCAAAAAGGAAAAACGGUAGAAAAACCAAAUCAGCAGCCCUGCUAUACGAUUUAUAAUGUAUUUCAGAAAUCAACAAGAUUUUUAAACAGUAAUAUUAUUAAUUGUAUUGCUAUAUGUGAAGUGAUAACAUCACCUGAAUUAAAGAAAAAUAAUGAUAUCUGGGUAGCAGCUAACAGUGACCAUGUUUGUACCAGAUUCUUUUUCGUAUAUGAAGAUGGUCAAGUUGGAGAUAGUAAUAUAAAUACACAGGUUACUAAAUAUAGAAAUGAAAUAGAUAAAGCUAUGUCUGAUUUACCUUAA